GUGCUACCUGCCUCAUGGCAACCCGUUUUUAAAGCCACAACCCCAAAGUGCGCCAGCGGAAAAGUGCCUGGCAACACGACCGCACUGUGCGCCGACUGCCUCUGGAUUAACAUUGUUCUAACGGCGUCAGGAUUACACAACUCUCCAGAGCCACAUCAGGAAGACAUGGGGUGGGCCACUGUCAUCAAAGAAGCCUCACAUCAUUUCGUGGCAAAAGAAACCCUGGAGUGCAGAGCUGCUUGAUUUAAAUGAAUGUAGAGCUGGACAACAUCUGGCUGUAUGAUGUAUUUUACUUCCCCUUAGAUGUAAUUGUAAGUACCUUGAGUAGAGCAGCCAUCACCCUUCAGUGCAUCCUCUGAAUGGAAGUAUGGACACAUUCAGUGGAGGAAUUUUGACUCAACAUGCCCAGGAACUAUGAGCCUGGUCACUCAGUAGGGAUGUUGGCUGCCGUGGAACAUGGUCCCAUCCUCUGCAGCGACUCCAACAUCCUCUGCCUUUCAUGGAAAGGCCGGGUCCCCAAGAGCGAAAAGGACAAGCCGGUGUGCCGGAGACGGUACUAUGAGGAGGGCUGGCUCGCCACAGGGAACGGGAGAGGAGUUGUUGGGGUGACGUUUACAUCGAGUCACUGCAGGAGGGAUAGAACUACACCUCAGAGAAUCAAUUUUAACCUGCGAGGACACAACAGCGAGGUUGUCUUGGUGCGUUGGAAUGAACCCUUUCAGAAGCUGGCCACUUGUGAUAUGGAAGGAGGUAUUUUUGUAUGGAUCCAGUAUGAAGGAAGAUGGUCUGUUGAGCUAGUGAACGACAGAGGAGCACAGGUGAGUGACUUCACAUGGUCACAUGAUGGCACUCAAGCCCUCAUCGCAUAUAGGGAUGGCUUUGUGUUGGUCGGUUCAGUCAGCGGACAAAGACACUGGUCCUCUGAGAUUAACCUGGAGAGUCAAAUCACCUGUGGCAUCUGGACGCCUGAUGAUCAACAGGUCUUGUUUGGUACAGCAGACGGUCAGGUGAUAGUGAUGGACUGUCACGGACGAAUGCUUGCCCAUGUUCUCUUACACGAGUCUGAUGGGAUUGUGAGCAUGUCCUGGAACUGCCCUGAUUUCCUGGUUGAGGACAGCACCGAGAGCGACACAGACUCUGAUGACAGUAUUCUGCCUUUAGCACGGAGAGUCAAGCCUUUGUUGACAGUCACCUUUUUAUCAGGAGAUAUCAGUUUAAUGAACAACUAUGAUGACCUCUCUCCUGCCGUAAUUCGCUCUGGGCUGAAAGACGUCGAGGCCCAGUGGUGCUCCCAGGGAGACCUCCUGGCUGUGGCUGGCAUGGAGAGACAUGGGCUUUCUGCUGAUUCUGCCUGUGCGUCAAUCAUGAGGAACGCCCUUGUUAAGUUCUAUAACGUCCAAGGAGAACACAUCUACACUUUGGAAACACCUGCACAGAGACCCAUCACCACCAUCUGUUGGGGUCACAGAGACUCUCGUCUGUUCCUCGCCUGUGGACCAGCACUGUAUGUGGUGCGUGUGGAGCACAGGGUGGCCAGUCUGCAACUUUUAUGCCAGCAGGGCAUUGCCAGCGCCCUGCGGGAGGAAAAAGAUGUGGGAAAACUGAACAUGCCCUCGCUUCUCUGCUCUUAUGUCACCACUGCUUUCAUACCCACCAUCAAGCCCCCAAUCCCUGACCCCAACAACAUCCGUGACUUUGUCAGCUAUCCCACAGCUGGGAAUGAGAGGCUUCACUGCACCAUGAAGCGAGCAGAGGACAGCCCAGAGGCAGGCGGACCCUGCUACACUCUCUACCUGGAAUAUUUAGGAGGACUGGUGCCCAUUCUCAAAGGAAGGCGCAUCAGUAAACUACGGCCCGAGUUUGUUAUUAUGGAUCCAAAAACGGACAGCAAAGCAGAGGAGGUGUGUGUGAAUCCCAUGAUUUCAUACACUGACAGCUGCAACUGCUCCGACUCCAGUGACAUUGAGUUGAGCGAUGAGUGGGUCGGGAAGAAGUCACCAAAGUUAUCCCGAGGAAACAGGAUGAACAUGGAAUCGAGAAAAUCUCCCAAACUUUCACGUGCCAAUCAGGAAGGCCAGCGGUCACCACGGUUACCAACGAAGAAGCCUCCUGUUCGAUCUCCCAGUCUGACACGUCGAGAGUUUUCAAUGGAUGGAAUUACAGAACACAACUACCUGGCUCAAGUCACAUCCAACAUUUGGGGAACAAAAUUCAAAAUUGUUGGACUUGCUUCUUUUCUCCCUGCCAAUCUUGGUGCAGUCAUCUAUAAGACAAGUUUGCUUCAUCUGCAACCGAGACAGAUGACGAUCUACCUUCCAGAAGUGCGAAAGAUUUCUCAUGACUUUAUGAGCCUGCCUGUGUUCAACCCCAAUGUGUUCAGUGAGGAUGAGGAUGACUUACCAGUGAUGGGGCCAUCUGGAGUGGCAGGAGACAAUCCUCCCUGCACAGUCAACAUUCCCAUUGCUCCCAUCCACAGCCCGGCUCAGGCCAUGUCUCCUACUCAGAGUAUCGGCCUGGUUCAGUCACUUCUGGCCAAUCAGAAUAUUCAGCUUGAUGUCCUGACCAACCCUACAGCCACUGCAGCAGCUGCAGCUGCAGCUGCAGCAGCUUCUGUCCCUGUUACUGAUCACGGGCAAGAUGCAGUUGCAACACCAUAUCCAGUGCCAACUAGAUACUCAAACCCUGGUCAGGUGAUCUUCAGUGGGCUGGAGAUGGGUCCUCUUCUUCCUGGUACUCUUCCUCCCCCACCUCCACCUCACCAUCUCCCACCGCAGCCUCAUCCGCAGCGGUCUCAUUCACAGCAGCCUCGCCAACAGCAGUCCAAACAGUCCCAACAAAUGCAGGCGCAGCAGCAGCAGCAGCAGCAGCCAAAAAUGCAUCAUCACCAACAACAACAACAGCAGCAGCAGCAGCAGCAGCAGCAACAACACCAUCUUCAGUCCCAAUCGCAGCAGCAACAACAGCAAUUACAGCAAUUACAGCAGCAACAUCAACAGCUACAGCAACUGCAGCACCAGCAGGCGCUACUUCAACAGCAGCAGCAGCAACAUCAACACCAGGUUCAGCAACACCAACAACUACAACAAAGUCAACAACAAGUGACACCCCAACAACUUCAGCACCAGCAUCAAAUUCAGCAGCAGCAGCAACAGAUGCAGCUGCAGCAUGAACAGAUGCAGCAACAGCAGCAGCAGAUGCAACAGCAGCAGCAGCAAAUCCGGCAACAGAUCCAGGAGAUGAGACAGCAGCAGCAGCAGCUCCAACAGCAGCAUCAGCAGAUCCAGCAGCAACAUCAACAGAUGCAGAGGCAGCACCAACAAAUGCAGCAACAACUGAAGAUGCAGAUGUCGCUGCCCCCUCCUCCGACUGGCUAUCCAACCAUUUCUUUACAACAGAUUCAUCUUCUGCCUCAGAUUCCUCCUCCUACCACUGAGCCUAUGCUCAACAGGGGGGAGCAUAGCCACACUCUUAAGCCAAGUCUGCCGCGAACUUUACCUCCCUUCACUGACAUGGAUGGAUCUAUGGAGAUGCAGAUGAGGAAGGUUAAUCCUCCUCCUCCAUACCCAGGCACUGUAGUGUCUGCAGCAGCAGCUACAGCUGCCAGUACGCCUCAAACUCUUGUCACAAACUGUGACAGCCCAAGUGUCCUGGCGCCAGAUAACUGCCUCAAGAAGGAUGAAUUUUUGCUUCACCCCGUCACCUUGCAGUACCCCACGCCUCUGGGGUACGAAAGGAUCACAACCUUUGACAGCAGUGGCAAUGUGGAGGAGGUUUGUCGGCCACGCAGGCGCCUCAUUCGUAACCAAAAUGCAUACGCUGUCCACGGCUCGGCCACGCUCAAAGUCACAUCCUCGGAGAAUAAAAAAAUUCAGCUUCCCUACAGCUCAGCAACACUGAGUCGCCUCUCUGUCCCCCGAUACUCAAUACCUAGUGGAGACCCUCCUCCUUACCCUGAUCCAGCCAAUCAAGUGACUGCUACACUUCCUCCUCCCCAGAGAAUUGAUAGCAGUCUUAUUCAUGCCACUCUACGUCGUGACCGCAGGGACGUGGGACUUAAAGUGCCACAGAUGAUGGAAAGCUCAAGAACCCUUCCCUCCAAGGCUAAAAUAAACAGUGCACUAGCACUUACCUACCAGCAGAGGGUGCCCACUGCAUUGUACACAUGCACACAGUGCAGCAGUAACAGCAGCAGCACCAGUGUCAGUGUUAGUGGGGGUGGAACUACAAGCAGCGGCAUUGCUGGUGGCACGGUGGUGAGGCAGGACUUCCCACCAGGGAAAGGAGCACAUCACAGUACCAUUAUUGUGCACUCAAAAGGUACCUCACCACUGGCCUCUCAGUCGUCUUACAGUCUGCUGGGUGCUGUUGAUAACAGCAGGGACAGAACAGUGUACGUUAACUCUGCCUUUACUGAAGAUGAGACUUUAAAUCAGCAGUGUCACCUUGAAAAGUCUGUACGUCAGCUGACUCUCGGCGAUGUCAGUUUGACUGUUAAACGCCCUCCGCCUUACCAGUGGGACACCUCCACCACAGAGGAGUUCUGGCUCACCCCAGAACAAACAAUGUUAGGUCCUCCACCAGGACCUCAUAAACCGCCUCCACUCAUCAUUAGCCAAGCUCAGCACUUGGACAUGACUCGGCUACCGUUUGUCCUCACGACUAAACCUCCAAGCAGUCCGAGCACAAGCACUCUUACUUUCCCAUCAGGUUACCAGAUAUCCCUCUCACCUUUUCCCCCAGGUGUGGGUCACAGUGGUCCCCAGCUUCAGACAUUACAGAACCCUCCACCUCAGUGCUCUCCAAAUGACGUGGUUGCUUCAGUCCCUUUCGCUCAGCAGGAACCCAACUUGGUCUUGCCACCAGGCUAUCCUCCAAAUCUCGCUAAUUUGGCCUGCUGCCCUCUCCCUCCAAUGUACCCAGGGGCCAGCUCAUGUGCGGGACUUCAGCUGCACCCUGUCAACCUUCACCCCUGGAAUCCUUAUCCCUGCCCACCUCCCAUGCAAGACCCUCCAGCACCUCCCCUCCCAACCAAAACUCAUCAGAUUUUAGAGAAGCCGAUUCUAUCCCCUCCUCCUCCUACUGCGCCGCCUCCACCACCCCCUCUCCCUCCUCCUCCACCACCUACUGAGCUACCGCCAUCCAAAAGUGCCACAGAGGAUCUAGCAGAGUCUGCCAACAACUUUCCAGAGCCAUCAUCCCUGAACGAAAGCCCUGUGCCGCAGGAGUCGGAGCGUUUCAACAAGAAGAGCCGCAAAAGACUGGACAGCAGAGCCGAGGAAGCCAACAUGCCCAACGUCUCUGAGGGCAAGUCAAGAAAGGAAGGACGUGCGCUUUCUGACUUCAACACUCUCAUUUCUAGCCCAAGGCUUGGCAGUAGAGAGAAGAAGAAGCCAAAGGGACAGAGAGAGCAACUCAACAAAACCAAGAAGAUGAGCAGGACCACAAAUGAGUUCCAGGAUAGCUCAGAGAGUGAGCCGGAGCUGUUUAUCAGCGGCGAUGAGCUCAUGAACCAGAACCAGAGUAGUAAGAAGAGCUGGAAGAACAAGCGCAGCAUGCGUAUGGCAAGUGAGCUGGAGGAGAUAAAGUGCCGCAAGGCCAAUGAAAGAGAGGACCGUAGUUUGGGAAGCCAAGGAUUUGUCUAUGUCAUGGCCAAUAAACAGCCAUUGUGGAACGAAGCCACCCAGGUCUACCAGCUUGAUUUUGGAGGACGGGUCACGCAGGAGUCGGCAAAGAAUUUUCAAAUUGAGCUGGAUGGUAGACAGGUGAUGCAGUUUGGGCGAAUUGAUGGGAAUGCCUAUAUAUUGGAUUUCCAGUAUCCUUUCUCAGCAGUGCAGGCAUUUGCUGUUGCCUUGGCCAAUGUGACUCAAAGGCUGAAGUGAAAAGCUUAUUUUGUGUUGUUGUAGACUAAAUCAAAAGAAGCCACAAUGGUCUUUCCACCCCAAUGUGUUGGGCUAUAGCUUGGAAAAUGUCAGAGUUGUGGUGAUUCUUUUUUUAAAGAACAGGUUAAUAUACAAGUUGGUCUUGCACAUGCAGAUCACGUACAAUCAGUCUGUUGAAGGCAAAGUCAGGCUAGGUUGGUGGUCAUGGAGACUAAACCAGUUACUCCAUCAUUUGUAGUUUAUACAUUGAAUGUACUCAAGCUAAUUUUAUUUAUUAUUGAAAUGUUAUUUAGUGAAGUAAAAAAAAAAAAAAACGCCUUCUGGAUAAUCAAAAGGUAAAAAAAGUAAAUGUUGGAAUGGAUUUUAAAAGCAGUCUGGAGGAUUAGUACCACACAUGGUGCCAAAGACAUCUUCUCUCUCCUUUAAUGAUGGCUAAUUCAAUGUAUAUCAAAUUAAUGAAUAUUUUACACAUGUUUGUGCUGUUAGGGUUACCUGCAUUGUGAGGUACGGUGGUAUUCAAAAUUGCAAAUACAUUUUCACAAAGCCAUACCAUAUCUGAUACAAACACUGCACUAUUUUAAUUCACUUUUAAGUAAUUAAGUAAAUGAAUUAUAAAGUUUUAUGAUGAAUACCUUUAUUUGUAUAUUUAUUCUUCAUACAAAUCCCAUUUGUUCAAGGCAAUGCUUUGAAUUUUAAUCUGUUUUGUUUGUUAAAUGUCCUCUACAUUAUGUUCAAAUUGCUGAACAUGCAAUAGAAGAAUAUAUUGAUUCUGUAACUGCAACAUGAAGAGUUGAGUACAGUUUACCCUAGUUUGUAUAUUUUCUAUUCAUGAUACUUCUAUGAAGUGGUGCAAUGAACAUAGUAAAUCAUAUUAUUUUGGCCAUUUUACUGCAAAUCAUUAUUUAGUCAGAGCUGUUAUGAUCUGAGAAUAUUUAAUUCGUUUUUUCAUGUGUAAAUUUACAUGUUAUUUUUCAUUUAGAAAACUUCCCUCUACAAUUGUCAGUAAUGGUCAACGGUAAGUUUACAUGUGCCAAAUUUAGCCAAAUAGCUGAAUGCAUUUGGUGGAAAGUGAAUUAGUGGCAAAGAUGGUAGGAAAUGGUCCCAUCCCCACAGACAAAACUUUGUUUAAACAUGGAGAUCCUCUCAGUGACUCUCAAACUUGGUUGGCUCUGUGUUGUUUUCAUUGGGUGUUUAUGAUGCUACUACAUCAGUAGUUUGCCGCGUUGGAAAUCAGUGCUGCUUUAGAUAGAUAGAGCUUGUGUGCAAUAAUGCUACUACAUAGAACUGAUGUUGUACUUGCAAAAGAAAAUACAAAGCUGCUUGCACUGUGUAUUUAGUAAAUGACUUAACAUCCUUAUAUGCUUAGAAAAUUGUGCUUAUUUGUUGCUAAUUUCAGUAAUUUUGUACUUCACCUUUGCUUUAACAUGGUACCAAGAGUUUUUUGAUGUUGUAGAAAAAAAGAUUGAGAACAAUAAACUUGCAAAGGUAUUAAAUACAACAUAUUCAUGAGUUGUUAAGAUUAACUGUUAGUAGGAGUGAAAUUCAUGUAGAUUUGGUGCUAAUGUAUAAAAAAAAAAAAAACAAGUGUGGAAAUGUCUGGACAUUUGUCAUUUGCUAAUUGAAGGUUGUUUUAAAGUAUAUGAAGAAAGCAUUUCGCAAGAGGCUACAGGAAAUUUGGUGCGGAGGGUUUCUAAUUUACAGCUUUUCAUUUAAUGCAGCUUCAGAGACUUCAGCGACGGUGUGUGUCAGUUAUCAGCAAUACUGCCUAAUGAAUAGUUGGUUGCCUGAUUUUUUUUUUUUCUCUUAAUUUGUGAAGGAAACAAUUAUGAUAUGACCAUAGGUUCACAUUGACCUAUAGGCUGGCCAAAAUGUAAUAAAAAAAAAUACAUUGUU